ACCAGAGGGGGCGGGGGCUCCGCAAGUUUCUGCUCAGAAGUCUGUAGCAGUUGCCAUAAGCUGGAAGUGGGAACCCCGCUGAGGGGAUCCCCUCCUCCUACCUCUCUCACCUGUCCCAGUCUGUGGCAAGCAGGCUCCCCUGUGCCCUUCAGCGGGUGAGAGCGGCACACCGCUGCGCCCGGGGCCGGGGCGGGCUGGAAUUGAGGAUGAAGCCUGGGACGGGUAGCGGAGGAUGGGGCAGGUCCAGGUCCUGGGCAGACCUUCUCCUGAUCCUCACUUCCCUGAUGCAGCUGCCCCGUGGGGGAAUAGCUGAUCCAAUAGAUGUGCUUCAGGCAUUGGGAAUCAAGGGAGGCAGAGCCAAGGUCCCUGAAGUGCCAGGAUUCUGCCCCCAAAGGUCCCCAGAAGGAGAUAGAGCAUUUUGGGUGGGAAACUCCAGCCUGCUCAGCAUCCCCACAAGGCAGCUUUGGCCAGCUGGUCACUUUCCAGAGAACUUUUCACUGCUGGUCACCCUGAGGGGCUAUUCAUCUGACCAGGCUGUCCUCCUGUCCAUUUAUGAUGAAAGGGGAGUGAGGCAACUGGGGCUAGGAGUGGGGCAACCAACUCAACUCCUGUCUGACCCUCCCAGCCCUAGUCUGCUCCCCACCACAGUUGACCUCAUGGAUGGCAGGUGGCACCGUGUGGCAGUCAGUGUGGACAGCUGGGCAGUGACUCUGGUGGCUGACUGUGAGCCACAGCCCCCAGUGAGCUGGGAGUGGCAGAGGUUGACUCCUAUCAGCACAGCUGGACUCACCUUGCUGGGGACACAGGACCCUGGAGAAGAGGCCUUCCAGGGAUAUAUCCAGGAGCUGAUGAUCCUAGGAGAUGCUCAGGCUGCCUUCAGGGCCUGUGAAAACCUGCUUCCCAGCUGCAACUCUCCCACCACCCUAGCCACAGCGGUUGAGUCAGAGACCCCUCCUCCCCAGAGGAAGGGCAAGGGGAAAGGGAAGGGAAAAGGCCGGAAGGGUCGGAAGGGCAAGGGCAAGAAGAAGAAAAACAAGGACUCUGAGAAACCAGAAGUGCCCCCAACCUCUCCAGAGAAUCAGACUGCCACUCCUGUGAUAGAGACUCUAACUCUCCCGGUUGGGCCAGAGACUGGGUCCACAACGGACUCCCCCAAAGUCACAGUCAUUACAUCCACAGUGGCCGCCAGUCUCAACGUCACCACCUAUACGGACUCUGAAAAUGAGUCAAUGACUUCUGAAGCUACAUGGGAGCUCCCUGAGUCAAGCAAAGACAGAGAUGAGGAGUGGGGAAAUGAUACCAUGAACACCAUCUUUGGGCCAGCUGAACGUGGGCCAGAAAGCCAGAUCUAUAUAUUUCCCGAUGCUGGUGAAAAGGGACAGAAAGGAGAGCCAGCAGUUGUUGAAGUGGGUCAGCAGUUUGAGGGACCCCCAGGACUUCCAGGGCCCUUGGGAACAGUUGGCCCUUCAGGCCCUCCUGGCCCACCUGGCUUCCCUGGGGACCCAGGAGAAAAGGGUCCUGCUGGUCGACCUGGUGUCCCUGGAGUGGAUGGUGUACGAGGCCUCCCUGGAACCGUGAUUAUGAUGCCUUUCCAAUAUGGGGGUGAGUUCCUCAAGGGUCCUCCAAGCUCAUUCCAACAGGCACAGGCACAGGCAGUGCUGCAACAAGCCCAGCUUUCCAUGAAAGGCCCUCCUGGCCCUGUGGGGCUGACAGGUCGAGCUGGACCCUUGGGUCUGCCGGGAUAUCCAGGUCUUAAAGGAGACACAGGAAUAGCAGGACCACAGGGUCCUAGAGGUCUACAGGGCUUACCUGGGCCUCCUGGAAAAGAAGGAAAGCAGGGUCGUUCUGGAGCAGAUGGACCACGAGGCCUCCCAGGAGACACUGGACCUAAGGGAGACCGGGGUUUUGAUGGCCUACCAGGGCUACCAGGGGAGAAGGGCCAAAGGGGAGAUGUUGGCCAUGUUGGGCAGCCAGGGCCCCCUGGGGAGGAUGGUAAGAAGGGCUCGGAGGGGCCUCCAGGCCCCAGUGGCCAAGCUGGAGAGCCAGGACCUCGGGGGCUGCUUGGCUCAAGAGGUCCUCCAGGCCCACCAGGACAACCGGGUGUGGUGGGGGUAGAUGGACCUCCUGGUGCCAAAGGAAAUGUGGGCAUCCCAGGAGAACCAGGUCCUCCAGGUCAACAAGGAAACCCAGGCUCUCAGGGUCUCCCUGGAUUACAGGGACCAAUAGGGGCACCAGGAGACAAGGGGCCCCCAGGAAAGCCAGGAAUUCCAGGUCUUCCAGGAGCUGAGGGCCCACCGGGUCACCCCGGCCAUGAGGGCCCCACUGGAGAGAAAGGAGCUCAGGGGCCAGAAGGGGCCACAGGCCCAACAGGAUAUCCUGGUCAGCGAGGAGUGAAGGGCACAUCUGGAAACCGAGGUCUAAAGGGAGAAAAAGGCGAGAAGGGAGAAGAUGGCUUCCCAGGCUUUAAGGGUGAUGCAGGUCUAAAAGGAGAUAGAGGUGAUCCUGGCCCCCUGGGCCCAAGAGGAGAGGAUGGGCCUGAAGGACUGAAGGGUCAGGCAGGAUUGCUGGGUGAAGAGGGACCCCCUGGCCCAGCUGGGGAGAAGGGCAAGCUUGGUAUCCCAGGUCUUCCAGGAUAUCCAGGUCGUCAAGGUCCUAAGGGAUCCAAUGGGUUUCCAGGACCAUUGGGUCUGGCUGGAGAGAAAGGGAAACGGGGGAAGGCUGGUCAGCCAGGACAGGAAGGAGAGCGGGGACCACCAGGAUCCCGUGGAGAGAGAGGACAGAAUGGUCCCACAGGAAAACCAGGCCCCAAGGGAGAUGUGGGCCAUGACGGUGCUCCAGGGGUUCCUGGAGAAAAGGGCCCACAAGGUCUGACAGGACCUCCUGGAUUUCCUGGGCCAAAAGGACCUCCAGGCCCUGCAGGGAAGGAAGGAAGACCUGGGCACCCUGGGCAGCGGGGAGAAUUGGGUUUCCAGGGCCAGACAGGUUCCCCAGGACCCGCUGGUGUCAUUGGCCCCCAGGGGAAGGCUGGUGAAACAGGGCCACUAGGUGAAAGGGGCCAUCCAGGCCCUCCUGGACCCCCUGGAGAGCAGGGGCUGCCCGGGCUGUUGGGAAGGGAAGGGGCCCAGGGAGACCCUGGACCACCUGGACCCAUUGGGAAAGAUGGCCCCCCUGGUCCUCAAGGCUUCCCUGGCCCUCGAGGAGCCCCUGGAGAUACAGGAACAACUGGCCUGAAGGGGUCACAGGGCCCCCCUGGCCCCAUCGGUGCCAAUGGUCCUCCCGGAGAACGUGGUCCUGUGGGCCCUGCUGGAGGCAUUGGGUUGCCCGGUCAAGGGGGUGGGCAAGGACCUCUUGGCCCUGCUGGAGAAAUAGGAGCCUCAGGAGAGCGUGGACCUCCUGGCCCAACAGGGAAAGAUGGCAUUCCAGGGCUUCCAGGCCCUCUAGGACCAGCUGGAGCAGCAGGGCCAGCUGGAGAAGAUGGGGACAAGGGGGAAAUGGGUGCCCCAGGUCACAAAGGGAGCAAAGGAGACAAAGGGGAGCCGGGCCCUCCCGGACCAACAGGGAUUCAAGGUCCUGUCGGACACCCAGGCUCUCCAGGUGCAGAUGGGGAACGAGGACGUCGGGGUCCACCAGGUCUCUUUGGACAGAAAGGAGAUGAUGGUGUGAGGGGCUUCCCUGGUGGAAUUGGUCCCCCUGGCCUACAGGGGAUGCCAGGACCACCUGGAGAGAAAGGAGAGAUCGGAGAUGUGGGCUCCAUGGGUCCCCAUGGUGCUCCAGGCCCCCGAGGACCCCAGGGCCCUAGUGGGUCAGAGGGAACUCCAGGGCUACCUGGGGGUGUUGGUCAACCAGGGGCUGUUGGAGAAAAGGGUGAACCUGGGGAAGUGGGGGACCCUGGUCCCCCAGGAAAACCUGGACCAAUGGGAUCCAAAGGAGAGUUUGGUGAAAAGGGGGACUCAGGACCAUCGGGGGCUGCAGGCCCCCCAGGGAAGAAAGGACCUCCUGGUGAAGAUGGGGCCAAAGGGAGUCUGGGUCCCACAGGAUUCCCUGGAGACCCUGGCCCACCUGGAGACCCCGGUGUUGCUGGCAAAGAAGGUGUCCAGGGGGAGAAAGGGGACCACGGGGAUGUCGGGGCUCCGGGCCCAUCUGGUGCCUCUGGGGAGCCUGGCCCUCCAGGGCCUCCUGGGAAAAGGGGUCCUGGUGGUCGGAUGGGUCAUGAGGGCAGAGAAGGGGAGAAGGGGGCCAAGGGUCAGCCUGGACCUGAUGGCCCCCCUGGAAGGUCAGGCCUAGUGGGUCCCAGGGGCCCCCCCGGACGGCUUGGGGCUGAGGGCCUUCCAGGGAUUCCUGGCCCCUCGGGUGAGCCAGGUCUUCUUGGGCCCCCUGGACAGAUGGGUCCCCCGGGGCCCCUGGGGCCCAGUGGCCUCCCCGGCCUGAAGGGGGAUCCUGGCUUCAAGGGGGAGAAGGGUCAUAUUGGGCUAAUUGGCCUAAUCGGCCCUCCUGGGGAGGCUGGCGAGAAGGGAGACCAAGGGGUCCCAGGGAUACAAGGCAGCCCAGGCCCCAAAGGAGAACCUGGUCUCCGAGGCCCUAAAGGCCCUUUGGGCCACCCUGGGUCCCCGGGUUUGGCGGGCCCAUUGGGGCAGAAAGGGUCAAAAGGGUCACCGGGAUCCACCGGCCCCCAGGGAGAUGCAGGACCCCCAGGACCACCUGGACCCCCGGGCCCCCCAUCAGAGGUGGGGGAACUCCUGCCCAUGGGGGGGUCCCGGCGGCGGCGAUCAGCUGAGGGAGUGCCUGGGCCCAGUGAGAGUGGCCUGGAGGAAGUGUACGCCUCCCUCAGCUCCCUGAAGAAUGAAAUAGAUCAGCUACGAAGUCCUCGAGGGACCCAGGAGAGCCCUGGCCUGGUGUGUAAGGAGCUUGGUCGGAGCCAUCCCCACCUACCUGAUGGGGAAUAUUGGAUCGAUCCCAACCAAGGCUGCUCAAGAGAUGCUUUUAGGGUUUUUUGUAACUUCACAGCAGGAGGAGAGACAUGCAUCUUUCCUGAUAAGAAGUUUGAAGUGGUAAAGCUGGCAGCCUGGUCUCGGGAGAAGCCAGGGAACUGGUAUAGCACAUUUAAAAGAGGGAAGAAGUUCUCCUAUGUGGACUCAGAUGGCAAUACCGUCCGUGUGGUGCAGCUGACCUUCUUGAAGCUAUUGAGUGCCAGUGCCCGCCAGAGCUUCACCUACAUCUGCCAGAACUCUGUGGCUUGGCUCGAUGAGGGGGAGGGUGGCUACAGCCGCUCCCUCCGAUUCCUAGGGGCUGAUGGAGAAGAACUGUCCCACAACAGCACCUCAGACACCAUCCAGGCCCAUCACGAUGGCUGCAGGCUCCGGAAGGGCCAUGCCCAGACAGUCCUGGAGCUCCGAUCCUCCAAGGUGGGCCAGCUACCCCUAAGGGAUGUGGCCGUGUUAGACUUCGGGCAGACAAACCAGAAGUUUGGAUUUGAGCUGGGCCCAGUCUGCUUCAGCGGCUGAACUUGGAGGGGACAAAGAAAAAAGGAGCCACCCCUGGAUACAAAUGUUGGGGGUGGGGGCAAGGCAGAGAAGCUAGGGGAGAGCAAGCCAGAGCCGUCCCCAGAACAGAUGGAUGGAUGGACAGACAUCAUGGUGCUGUGGCUGAGAGACCUAUUGAUCUUCCAUGGCUGUGACUAUGGAAGCCUGUGGUUCACUGGUGUACUUUGUCACUAACGAAGUUUAACCUCAUGGUGUCUGGGUCCCCCAGUUCCAAGGGCCCCAGAUCCUCCCUCCUAGAUUGACACAGAGUAAGGUCGUGGUUUCUUCAAUGACCCUGCUCCCCGGUCCCCACUUCUCCUUCCUCAUGGGCUCCAGGGAUUGUAGCUCAUUCUGUCCAGGAGCAGGUGGGUCCUGAGCUCCUAAAUAAUGAACUUUCUGCCGGGUAAAGCUGCCACCUCAGGCCCCUCCAGAAUCUUGGUGCUAUGACCCUAACCUUAGUGAAGCACUGGACCCUUCAGAUGACUCCCUCUCAUGGCCUGGGUGGCUCAGUGGUGAGGGCAGGCCAAUUUCUGGAUAGGUUCGGGGGCAGAGGAUUGAGAAUGAUGGACAUCAAAGAGCUCCACCCCCUAUCCAGUUCUCCCUGACUCCCAGUUCCCUUCCCCACUUCCUCCUCUCCAACUCAGGUCUGGCCUAAAGGGAACCGGCCUUCACGAGGGUUUGCUACGAGAGGAAUCUGGGUCUAAGGGAGACGUUUCCCAGGUGGGCAGGGGAAGGGCUCACGUAACUCAAAGGCCCAGGACCAGCCCUUACCCACCCGGCCCCCCUCACUCCAGCUUUCCUCUGGCCUCGAUUGUCCCUGGUGCUGUUGGGGGUAUGGGGGCAGCCGUGCAGGUGCCCCCAAUGGUGCUGCCUCCUUCCCUUGUUAAUACAAAUGUGUAUUAAAAGGAAACAUUGGAAUUUUA